ACUUGAAGACAAAAAUUUCAAGAAUGGAACGGGCAAAUGAAGUGCUGUGGGACACUUCUGUUGUAAAGAUUAUAUUCAAAAAUGAAAUGAUUGCUCGAAAAUACCGAACUAAAGUUGAAACUUUUCUAAAAGAUACAUUAGAAAAUGGGGAAGAUUUCAUUGUAAAUUGUCAAAUCCAAGAUAACGUGGAACAGGAAUGCAAUGAAGUUUCAGAAUCAUUUCACAUUGAUAAAACAAAUACUUCACUGAAUGAAAAACCACAUUCAGAAGGCAUUCCUCAUUAUUCUUCAGCUUUUGAAGAUGUGUUACACUGUAAUGAUUUGCAGACAGAAGAAAAACGUGAUGAAGAAAAAGAAACAAAGGCUCAGGUUGUAACAUGUUUCAAUUGCCUUGGAAAUCAUCAUAUGAAACAGUGCCCUGAAGAAAUUGAUCGUUUGAGAAUUGCGGCCAAUAAAAAAGACAUUUUACUUGGAAAUACAAUGCGAUAUCAUGUUGAAGAACAGAAAAACUCGAUGAAGCCUGGAAUUUUGAGCCCUGAAUUAAGAAAAGCUUUAGGAGUAAGGAAUGACCAAUUACCUCCCUUUAUUUACCAUAUGCGAGUUCUUGGGUAUCCUCCUGGUUGGAUGGAUGAAGCUGUGUUGGAGACGUCAGGCAUAUCCUUAUAUGAUGUUGAUGGUAAAGAUAUAAAAGAUGGAGCAGCAGUACUUAGUAAAGAAACUAUAUAUGAUGGAACAAAAUUUAUCAAUUAUCCAGGUUUCAAUACUGCAACUCCUCAAGGAAUUAAUGAUGAAUGGGAAGCUUUAAAAAUGCCACCAAUUCAACCUCAUCAACAGUUAAUUGAGGCUUUAAAGUCUCCAAACACAGUUGUAAGUAAUUACUUUUUUUACUAAUCAUAUCCCUGCAGUAAUUAAAAAGUUUGACAUCUUUUGCAUUUUAAU